CAAUGCCAAAGCACAGCAAAAAGACCAGCCUUAGGGCUGUCCAUUUCUUUGAGGUGAAAGAUACAUGGAAGCGAUUAUAUGACGAGAAUGUGUCCAGAUAUCCGGCCCCUGCUCACCAAGCUAUACUUCGAUGCCUUCACGACUUCUUAUCGUCCUCGCAAGCUACUCAGCUAGUUGCUUUGCGAAGGCUUGUAUCUACUGUUGGGAAAGCACGAGACGAUCUAAGUUUGCUAGUCGAAACCUCUAGUCUUUUCAAGUCCUGUCUCCUGCCUAUCGCGUUGGAGGUUCACUUUGCAUCCACUGGACCCAGUGAAAAUUCAUUUCGAAGCGCGGCUUUUUCUCUGGUUGCGCGAAUCCAUGAGUUCUAUGAGAAUGCUCCUGAAGAUUCCCUAUGGGACAGAACCAUUGUCCGAGAUCGCCUGUCUAAUGAUUAUCAAGGCUUCCUGCAGAAUAUUGCGGAUGGCCCUUUGGAUGAUUCCGUUAUAUCGCAUUUCGGUGCAGUGAUAAUGACGACUUUGGACAGAUCGAUCGGGAAAGAUGUCGUUGGCCAGAGUUUUGGGGCGACGUUGUCACUGCUUGUCAGAUGUCUCACAGUAAUUGUCAACGAGGUGUCAGACUCGAGUGCUUCAACGAACGCAACGACCACGAUCAUUUAUAUCUCUAACAGGCUCUCAAGAUGCACCGAUCUGCUUAAGAUUGCUGCCGCGUUACUCACGAGAUAUCCCGGCAUUGUCCAGGUCAUGAUUGAAGAUUCAGGCCCCAAAAGAGACGUUGUGCAAGACCUACUUAAUGCCACCUUGCGUAUAUGCUUUUCCCACGGAUUUCUGCAGGAGAACCAGUUCAUGGCAGGUUUCCUGGCACCCGCCCUUUUGGACAUCACACAAGAGCCAUCUACCAUUGUCGGGGCAUUGUUUGGAUAUCGAAAGAAUGCUCCAGGUGACAUAUUACAAGUGAACAUACCUUCGAUGUCAGAGCAGUGGGUUGGAGAUGCGCAUUGGGACUUUUCUGCCCUCUGUAUUUACCGGGGGCUGUUGAUCAAUUUUGCCGGCGAAAAAUGUUUAACGAAAGUUGCUUUUGCGGGCGAGCAUCCGACGCUCAUCGGUUUGCUGUACAAGCAAAUUAUUGACAUUUGCGACCGUGCUACCGAAUCUGGUAUCCGUGUACUAGCGUUCCAGACCUUGGCAACAUGGCUCUCGAAUGUGGAACAGAUCCUCAAAUCACGCAAGACGCUUCCAUUGACGCUGAUUCAAUCUACCGUGGAGCUUGUUCGUGCCCCGGUGAUUGAAAAGCUUUUCGGUUAUGUAUUUGACCAAUGGGAAGAUCCCAUUGACACUGUUCAACACAAGCUGAAAGAUCUAUUCGUUGGACUUUUGGACGUUUUACAUGUUCAGUAUGUAGACAUUGACACCGACUUGCACGUGCAGAUGAUGAUAAACGGUCUGCUCAAAGCAGAUUGGCACCGUAAGGUCAAAUAUGACUUGUUAUCCUUGAUGUUGUCAAAAGUCCGUCCACAAGCCCUUCUUCGUUUACGUGCCGAUUUCCUCGAACACUGUUUUGCAGUCAUGACCAAUAUCAUGCUGGCGAGCCGCAUAUCAGCCUUCAUCAACCGGUUCAUCAAAGAGGCUUUGAGUGAUAUUGGAGUUGAAGACGAGUCGUCCGCUCAAGCAAACGAGUUUUGGGUCAACCCAGUGUGUAUAGCGCUAACGAGCGAAAGCCUUGUCAUCAGAAAGAUUUGCAGCGAGAAUAUGAUUCAUAUCAUUCUCAAAGAGAAACACUGCAGCUUUCAGUUGCUGAUGAACGCUCUUCAGCAUGGCGUGUAUUCGAAAGACGCAACAGGAUCAGCAUUCCGUCUUCAUGGAACAAUUGCUGUGGUCAAAGCUGCUCGCAUGCUGGGUUUGUUGGAACUUAGCUCAUUCCUGGCCGAGAACCGCGAUAUGGUGGAACAGGCUAUCAGCCAUCCAGAUGCAAACCUUCGAGUCGAUGUGCUAGCAUUAUUGUGCGAAACGCGGCAAGGAACCGCUGAUUUCAGUGAGGAGGAAUUGUUCGCGCUCAAGAAGUAUCUUCUGAUCAGCCUCGACAGUCAGUCACCGGAGUUCCGUCAAAGGGUUCAGGCCUACCUUGUCAAGCUCCUCCGUCGCAUUCGACGGGCAAUGUACAGCAAUUGGAGGGACUACUUAUCUCGCAAAAUGUACAUCGAUGAACAUGCCAAGGCUUCUAGCAAACCAUCGAAUCUGGACCAAAUGACGGAAAUAGCAAACGAUCUGAAUAGAAGACUGAUAAUGAAAAGAGAUUUCCUUGCAUGGCUUGGCGAUUCUACGGUCGCAUCGUUGUUCCCAGGCUGCUCGUUUCAGCGGACGACGUGCAAUCUAUAUUUGAUGACAACAAUACUAGAGAGUGAAGACUCCACCAUCGAUGUGAACACAAAGGUUAAUCUUGCGGAGGUCCCUGACUACCCGACCUUAGCCAACCGUGAAACGGUUCAAGUCCUCUUGGCCAUUAUUUUUAAUGACACGUACGCACCCAACAGAGAGAAGGCUUUCGAGCUUUUGAUGCAGUUUCCUGCUCCGUUAGCUGGAAUAGUGAGUGUGCGGUCGAUCCAGACGUUGUUGGCAAAAGGCAUUGCCUGGAUUAGCAGUAUUCGGUCCCAUGAGAGUGACACAGGCGCUACGGUUGUUCGUUUGGUUUUUGCCAAAUACGUCAAAGGAAUGCAGAUGUAUCUAGACGUGGACACGAAGUUGAAACUUGCACGAGGGGGAUGUCCUAUGGCAUACUUCGUGAAGCAGCUGAUGGAGCUCUUGGCCAGGAAUAUCGACAUAGCUGCGAAAAAUCUCUACCUGAGCGCGUCAGGCCACCCCAUGCAUGGGUUAUUCCGCGCUUUACAAAAUGUAUUGUUGGAAAUUGAUUUCGGCGCUGCCGCUAUACAGGCGAACAUAGAGGAAUGGCAAAGGCUCGUUCGAGAUAUCAUGAAUCUCAUCAAGUCUGGUUGCGAUGCCGUUCUCUCCGUAUGUGCUGAUGAAUCUCCUGAGGGGAAUCUCCCUGCAUCGUUUGCGGACAUGCAGCAAAACAUGGAAGACUUGAUUGUCGAAGCUGGUGCAGCCUCCAGCGGUCCCUAUUCAGAUAGAGGCAGUCAAGCGCAAUUGAUCCUCUAUUCGUGUUUUCACACGAUCAAGGAAACAACAGCAGUCAUUCAGGCUUUAAUUUGCCGGACGCCUCUACCCCUUUCUCAAAGCGACUCUGAAUCGCUCGUGACCUUCGAACAGAUUGUUGAAUCAGGAGAUCAGUUGCGUACACUGUUAGCAUCGAUUCGUCAUCGCGGUGCAUUUUCAGCUGUGCAUGUCUGCUUUGCAAGCGUGUGUGCAACACUGUUGUCAUCUGGAAAAGAAUUUCUUGUGGAGCUUCCCAAGGCCUGGUUGGAUGGCUUCCUGGCACAAGUUGUAUCUGUAGAUGUUUCCAUCACACGGAGAAGCGCUGGCCUUCCUCUAGGUGUAUUGGCAAUUGUCAGCGCACCGGUCCCUUCGCGGAAGCUCCUGUUGACAUCGGCUCUCAAUAAGCUUUUUGCUAUUGGCAUGCAAGAUGUACCUGCUCAUGCUAAUGAGCGACUGGACCUGCCGCAGGUCCAUGCGUACAAUGUUAUCAGAGCCAUUUUGCAAGACGCCGAGGUGGCAUCAGAAGUCAGAGAUCACAUUGGGGAGGCUUUCGCGUUGAGCAUUAAAGGCUUCUCUUCUCGUAGUUUUCCUAUCAGGAACUGCGCGGCGAUGCUGUUUUCAACUUUGAUCACAAAAGCUCUUGGGACUAAGAAAUCACGGGACGAAAUGAAUAUUGUAAAUACGGUGACUGGACGGGAGUUCUUCGUUCGCUUUCCGAAAUUGCAUUCGCUGCUUCUGCAACAACUGACCGAGGCUGUUGAAAAACUAGAAGAGGGAGAGGUCCACCCAGCAUUGUACCCUAUUCUCACGAUCUUGGCAAGAUUGAAACCGUCCGUAUUAGAAGGAUCGGAUACGCUGAUGACACUCUCCGCUUUCGGAACUGUGGUUGCGCGAUGUGCAAUGGCAGCCAUUUUUAAAGUUCGAGAGAUGUCCGCCAGGGCGUACGCCCCCCUUAUCCUCUCGUCAAAUCUGAUACCUUCAGUGGAAAGAUUAAUACAGCAGGGAAAGUCUGCCUCUCAGAACCAUCUACACGGGGCCCUUUUGCAAAUACAAUAUUUACUUCGUGUGCACCUAGCGAGUGAUGUUGCUGGGAAGGAUAUACGGAGAGAUGCUACUAUUCGGCUUCCUACUGUCUUCUUGGCUGCUUCUGAUAUCGCGCUAAAUAAUUCAUGCCCGGUGACCAAGGCCCUUUAUUUGUCGAUAGUCACGGAAUUCUUUAUACAAGCCGCCUGGGUCCGGGAUGAAGUGGACGAAGAAAAUGAGCUCGAUGCAUUAGCCACACAACACUUUGUAAAUAUUCGUCAAACUUUUCGAGAUUAUGCAUUAGAAGCUUUGCGACGGGAUGGGGAGGCGGCUUUUAUGGGCUACUCAGUCCGCCGAGCGCAAGCUCUGUUGGUGCUCCGAUGCCUUGCUGUCUGCCCACCUAAUGCUGAUCAAGGCACCCGUAUAAUUCUGGAUCUUUUGGAUGAUCGAGAGUAUGAGGUUCAGCUCGCGACUAUUGGUUUCAUCAAAGACCAUAUACAUACCAACACUUGCGUCAAUAUUACCUCAGCACAAAUAAAACAGAAGCUUAGGUCGUUGGUGUUGUCCGCUUCUGUGUACUACCAGGUUGUUCAAGAAGCUGCUAAGCUUCUGGUUCAGAUGGAGCUGUCGGAUCCGUCAGAUGGUCCUAUCGAGUUGGAGAAUUUUGCGAACUCUAUUCUGCAGGUCCUGUCGAGCAGCCCAAAACCACACCUAGCUGAAUCCAUACUUCCUCUUCUUGGAAUGGAAGUUCAUAAAGUUCAUGUGGCGCCGGAGGCCCUGCAAGACCCUCAGACGCUAUCGACUUCUUACGUGAAGAUAAUACAGUUUUGGUGCAGAGAUGAACAACCAUUAGCUGUGCGGGCAUCCGUGGUCACAAGUUUGCAAAACGUGAUACCAGUGAUCGAUAGACUGGAGGAGUCCAAUGUCGUUGAUAUUUUAUUCCUGCUGGAUCAAUUACUACAAGAUGAUGACCCUGACAUUCGAGAGUGCACUGCCCGGAUCGUAUCUUCUAUGCUGAAAUUCAAGCAACCAGUGACAGCUUCGCGAUGUCGCACUUUGUUGGGGUUCCAUAUCGCCACUCACCCGUGGGCUGGUGGAUUUGAACUAGUUGUGGAAAGGUUUCAAAAAGUGCUCUUAAAUCAUGACAUUAAAACCAUAUUAGCAGGCGAGUCCCAAUCGACCGACGUGCUUUUCGCCCAGGAGGAGCACAACUCACGCCGCGAGGAGUUUGUUGACAUGGUCCUUGCGUCCGCCUGCCUCAAGCGCUUAUUCGCGAAUCAAACCAUAUCAGCCUCCUGCGGAAAACUGAUGAUCAAGUUCACGUGCAACUGGGUCCGGACAGCGAUGAUGGACAUUAAACGGGCAGCAGCAGCGUCAUUUGAUGCAACAGAAUUUUUCAGCCGACCUCGGGUCUUUGGGUGUGUUGCGAGUGUGAUAAAUGCUGCGUUCUUCCUGUCCCAUGUGGGAAGCAUGGACGGUGAAAUUGUGAUUGGGCAGAUUCGUGAAAUGGAAUAUUUGCAUCCCAAUUUGAAAGCAAUGGCUGCUGGAGGGCAGAAAGGGAAGUUGAUAAAGUCUAUUUGUCUCGGUGAGGCAAAUAUGUAGGGUCAAGGCAAUUAGAUAGACACCAGUAGUCAGAUUCAAUCAUAGAUUCUCUAAAAUAUUAUUGUAAGAUAGGCAAAGGCUAUCCCUCUAAGUCAAGUCUGUGAUAAUCAACUCGUCAUGAUCAAA